AGUCCAGUGACGCUUCAGGACAGCUGAGCAUCUUGAGUCGCGCAUGCGCCGUGCAAUCACUCAGUAUAAAGAGUGCAGCUCACAAGUAACCACAGAGAUGAAGACUCCUCCAGACAGGUCUGGAAUUAAAUUUGAGGUUGGAGCUCAGCUGGAGGCCCGGGAUCCACACAAGAAAUGGUACCCGGCCACCAUCGAGAGGAUCGACUACGAGAAGGAGCAGGUUCUGAUCCACUACCGACAGUGGAGCCGGCGGCACAACGAAUGGUUUCAGUGGAACUCGCCGUACCUGCGUCCGCUGGAGCGAGUCAGCCUGAGGCGGCAGGGCCUGAGUCCGCUGCAGUCCACACCGAUGUUUGUCACAGGGACAAAGGUUCUGGCCUGUUGGACCGACUGUCGCUUCUACCCGGCUAAGAUUCUGCGGGUCAACAAGGAUGAGUCCUACACUGUGCGAUUCUACGACGGCGUGGUUCGGACCGUGAAGCCCGCCAAGGUCAAGCCUUUCCAGAGAAAGCCGCGGGCGGAGAGAAAUGCUGUGGGAAGCGAGGGAUGGGAGGAAGGAGAAAGCGAGGAAGAUGGCGAGGUAAAAGGCAAAGGAUCAGGAGAGGAAGAGCAGACUAAAGGAGAUGAGGGGGCUCAGGAGAAAAUGGAAUUCGAGGGGACAGACGAAGCUGAAGGGGGAAAACGGGAGCAGGACACCCCUCCCCCAUACUCUGAUCCACCUCCAAAGAAAAAACCGGACGAUGGCAGAGGCAGCGACGUUAAGGCUGAGUUGAUCACAGCUGACUCCAACCCGUCAGAUCCUCCUAACCCCGCCCACAUCAACCCAGAUGUCCUGUUGGAGCGUCAGGCUCACUUACCCACCACACACAAGUUCAGCAGAGAGCCCCUGUACCGGGUCAUUAAGAACCAGCCCCCGCCGAUCCUCUCUAUUGAGCUGGACCACAACCCCUUCAAGUGUCCGUCUGCCGGCUGCUCCAAGUCGUUCCGGAAGGCGAGUCUUCUGCACUACCACAUCAAGUAUUACCACUCUGACCAGCAGCUGGACGGAGGCAGCGGCGCUCCAGAGGCGGCGAGGAGGAAGCGCUCCUCUUCUGAGGGGGGCGACUUUGUGUCCAGCAGGAGAAUGGAGAACCAGAGCAGUAGCUGUUAUCGGGAUGAUACAGAGCAAAGCAUCUUGGGAAACGAGAUGAAGAAGGAGAAAACAGGAGGACAGGACCGGAAGGAGAGGAAGCACUUCCUAAAAGUAAAACUAAGAAAGAAAAAGAAGAAGAAGAAGAGGAAGAGCCUGCCUGGAUACGGCAGCAGUGAUGAUGACUGCACAGACAGGCCUCCCAUCACUCUGAAGCUGUCUCACACUCUGGUGGACGAAGGCAGCGACUGGUCGACCCUGACGGCGGAGAGCGGGGAGGACACGCCCUUUUGGCCGGCUUCCAUGGAAACAGAUGACUGUGAGGUGGUGAGAUGUGUGUGUGAGGUGGAUGAAGAAAACGACUUCAUGAUUCAGUGUGAGUCGUGUCUCUGCUGGCAGCACGGCACCUGCAUGGGUUUAUAUGAAGACAAUGUUCCUCACAACUACAUCUGCUACUACUGCAGGCAGACUGCAGGUUGGAGGCGGGCUCAGCAUUUCCUCUCUGAAACUGACUGGCUGAUCUCAGGUCAUAUGUUUGGCCUCUCAUGUGUAAAGGAGAACUACGCCCAGAUCAACGGCUCCAAGAUUUCCCACACCCGCCAUCUGCUGGCGCACACGUAUCAGAUCAGUCAGGUCCUCAGUGGGCUGCAGCUGAAGAUCAGCCUGCUACACUCCCCGUCCCAGGCCGACCUGCAGCUGUGGAGGUUGCCGUGGAGACAGGAAGAGGUGGAACGACACAUGUCCAGCCCCAAAGGUCAACCUCCUGUGUGUUACGUCAGCAGCGAGCACUGCUACCAGAAACCUGGAGCAUCAUGGGAAAAAGCAGAAGAGCAGAAUGAGGAAAGACGAACAACAUCAGUCAAGGAGGAGGCUGACACUGACGAGAAGGAAACGAACCCCGAAGAUGUCGCCCAGCAGUUGUGUGACACCACGACACACUCAUAUGUGAACAACAACCUCAGCAUCAAACAGGAGGCCCUCCCACAUGUGGAGAUCGGACCCCCCACACACUCUGCCUCUGUGAGCGAGUGCCAGCUGAACCUGCUGGACCACGUCGAGUUCCUUCACCAGCAGAUCAGCUCCAGGAUGGACCUGAUAGAGCGAGAGCUGGAUGUGUUAGAGUCGUGGUUGGACCACUCAGGCGAGCUGGAGCCUCCGGACCCGUUGUCCCGCCUCCCGCAGCUCAAACUGAGAAUCAAGCAGCUGCUGAGCGACCUGUGUGUGGUGAGGCACCUGUCGGUGUGUCACUGACUCCCUCUGACCCGCAGUGUCACGCCGUGUCACGCCGUGUCACGCCGUGCCCGUGCGUGCGUGAGUAGGGGAUGUAAAAAUGGAUUUAAAAAUAAAGACAUUCAAUAAAACGUUCUCACUGCACGAGAGCGCCCUCUGGAGACGAGGGCAAACACAACACGGAGAGGAGGAGAAUGUUUUUUAGAGUUUGAAACGUUCCGGCAGCAGAGUGGAGACGGGUUGGAUCCUUUGCCGUGUCUGGUUUUUGAUACCUGGGCUACCGCAGGAUGAGUUUUAUCAUCAGCUGAGAGCUCAGAGCGCUAAACGCUGUUCUGUGUUAGUUUAUGUCAACAGAUUGUAGCAUUUGACAGACGCACACAACAGACAGCAGGAAGAGGGAUAAUUUUAUAAUUUUGUUAUUUCUCAACCACAUUUUUUUAAAUAAUUGCACUAAUAUUAGUAAUACUGCUUAAUAUACUCUGUUUUGUAAUUAACAAAAUAAACUUUUUGAGAGUUUUAAGGUUUGCUGAAAUAGACAUGAUGACUCACACUGAGCUUCUCUGUCUUCAUGCUCACCACCAUGCUGAGUUUCCUUCAUCAUUUCAUUCAUUUAUUAUCAGAGACAAUGUCCAAGCAGCCACAAAUCCUAGUGACUAAAGGAUGGACAGACUCCAUGUCUGAAAACUGACGCCAACGUGAGGAGAGAUUCAGAAAACGGUCUUAACCGGUGGAGUUUCAUAGUGCAUUUAUCCACUUACGUUCUGUGGACUGACGCUGGAUUUGAUGGCUUGAGUUUUUAUUUGAAGAUGAUGGCUUUAGCCAGUUAUAUACUGUGUAGGAUUCAUAUUUAUUAGCUUUUAAGUCAUGUUGCUUUUAGAAAUGUCUUCUUUUGUGUUUUUCUCAUCUUUGUUUCUUCCAUCAGUCCUUUUCUCAGCGUUUGGAUGUUACUCAGUGACUAUGCCGUCUCCAACCGCUAAAUUCAGCUGGAUUCAGAUUAAGUUUUGGACUUUUGCAGGUGUGCUGCUUGCCAAAAUCCACAAGGAUCUAGUCCUGGUUGUUAAAGUCCAAGCAGCUUUCACUUUUGUUUUUCUUUCUUUCUUUCCUGUCUGAGGACGUAACAUUUCUUCAAAGCUGUGGUUUGUUUGGAACUAUUGUUUGAAUCUAUGUUGGAGUUUCACUUUCAAACAAAGUCUCCUUUAUUCCAAUUUUCCUGAAACAUGUAUAAAUAUCUAUGUACACAUUUAAUUUUCUUUAGGCCCAGUCAGGUCAUAGUUAAAGGACUGUUGCGUCUCCUGACCAGUAGCACAGUUCAGUCCAGUUCCGUUACUGUUCGGAUCCAGAAAGCCACAGUUACGCAAUCACAAGAGGGACAAACCAUUUAUAGGACACGCUUCAGUUUCUAUCUUUUUUUCCCCCUUGAAACUCUGAUUUAAGUUUCAUUUUCUUGGCUUUAAUAAAGUUGUAAAAUACCGUAC